UGAAAAGUUACUAAUCGUGUCUGUCUGUCUGUCUGUCUGUCGAGGGAUGCCAGUAAAAAUAUUAACACCGAACCGUGCUGGCCUGAUGAUGUGCACAGCGGCGGUGGUGGUGGUUGUGACUGUUUCCUGCCUUGCUAUGUACACACAAGACUGUAUCUCAUACCACGUGGAGCGCUCCCUACAAGGCCCUAUCCUUCAAGAUGACCCGCACCUCAUACAGUGGGUUAGGAGUCAGCUGGUGCCCCCAUCCCGCCAUCCUUACAACCUCAGCCUCCUCAUGAGUGGGUUGCACCAAGAGGCUGACAAGGCAGAGAUGAACGGGGGGUAGUUACAGUCCCUCACAAGAGUUUAUUCUAGGCAAGGUGGAGGAACUGUAUGGAAAGAAGCUCACACAGCCGGGUACGUUUCUGGAGGCUGGAGCGUACGACGGCGAGUUUCUGUCCAACACCCUUUAUUUAGAGCACGAUUUUAACUGGCGGGGGCUACUGGUGGAGGCCAACCCGGUGUUCUUCGAGCAGCUGUUGUGGAAGAGGAGGAAAAGCUACGCCAUCAAUGUUUGCCUCAACACUAAGCCAUUCCCGUCCAAGGAGACCUUUUUAACGGGAUCAGCGCAGCCAAAGGACACAAACCACCUGUUGAACCAAAACAGCGCUGACCAGCCAAGUCGAGACCCUCUGAUGGAGCAGCACAUCUCAUUAGGCUCUUCAGGACUCAUGGAAUACAAACACAACGAUACGCAGGUGGGCUCCGUCACAGAGGUGCAGUGCGUGCCUCUAUACACUGUGAUACGCGCUCUUGGACGCACGCACAUAGACUUCCUAUCUCUAGAUGUGGAGCACGCGGAAAUGGGCAUUCUAGACACUGUUCCUUGGGGUGAAAUUUCCUUCACGGUCAUGGCCAUUGAGCACACGACCCAGGAUGACCUCGUGUCGUAUCUUGACCAACGGGGGUACCAACACGUGGGAUCAUUCCUGGAAGAUCAUAUAUUUGUCAACAAGAAGAACAUUUGAUCGCGUCAAAGUGAAGGGGAUUAAGUGCAGGAAGAAGAAGAAGAAGAAGAAGAAGAACGAGGAGGAGGAGAAGGAGAAGAAGAAGAAGGAGAAGAAGAAGAAAAAGGAGAAUAAGAACGGGAGGAGGAGGAGGAGGAGGAACAAAACGAACAAGACUAAAAACAAGAGAAAGAAAACAAAAGUAAAGAAGGAAAACAAGAAAGAAAAAGAAAAGAAAGAAAGAAGAUGAAGAGCGAGAAGAACAAGAACAAGAAUAGGAACAAGAAGAAGAAAAGAAAAAACAAAACAACAACAACAACAACAACAACAACAACCAAUAAUCUUAAACCACCACCACCACCACCACCAUCACCACCACCACCACCACCACUAAGCAAACAAGGACUGCCACGCCUAGACCUGAUGGCUUCCUGCACGCUCCAAGCAGCUGAGAGGUCAGACACACACACACACACACACACACACACACACCAAUUGCCUCUUUAAUGAACUGUCUUACUCUCUCUUCCAGUGUUUUGAUCGCCUUUAUAAACAUUCCUUAAGGACGUUCUAUUAUUGCCUGGAAACAAGAAGCUGGAACCUCGUGUUUUGAAAUUAAUCAUUCUCAUAUUAAGUUUGUUUUCAAAGGCCACUGGGAUGAUCAGUUGGGUUCUCAUGGGUGUUUUCUCCUUCUUUUUCUUAUUAUUAUUUAAUGAUUGUUAGGGUUCUUGCUAUUCUGCCACUGGAGUCACGAAAACACCCUUGAAAACCCCAACAAUUCCAUCCAGAACCGUCAAACUAUUACUGGAACCAAAGACACCCCUUGAAAACCCCAAUAACUUCACCCAGAACAGUAAAACACCCUUGAAAACCCCAGCAAUUCCAUCCAGAACCGUCAAACUAUUACUGGAACCACAGACACCCUUGAAAACCCCAAUAACUUCACCCAGAACAGUAAAACACCCUUGAAAACCCCAGCAAUUCGAUCCAGAACCGUCAAACUAUUACUGGAACCACAAAGACACCCUUGAAAACCCCCAACAACUUCCAACAUAGCUGGUGAAUAAAGGAAAGGAGUUUUGUUUACAUUAGCAUUGCGUCAAAACUACGUCAGUGUUAAAUGGUAUUGCGAAUAAGUUGUUACGCUGAUUAA